AUUUCCCUGAGUCAGCUGAAGCUGGUUCUGUUCAGGUGACCACAUGGCCCAAUGUGUUCUCCUGCAGGACUGUAGUGUGCCAGGCCAUCCACACGGUCACCAAGGUCAAAGCUCACGGAGAGGUGCUCCACUGCCUAACUGCUUACCUGGGAUGGGAGACGAGUCCUCCGAGUGACGUGGAUCAGUUGGUGUCCCGCACGUUGACGUCCGUCAGAGCUGCAGCUGAGAUGACCUUCCAGAAACACCCGCGACAGGGACGGGACCUGAACCCCGUUGCCUGGCAACACGUCUUCGCCCUGGAGCUGCUCUGCUCUCACACACACUGGAAGUGGACCCAUGACAACCUACUGAGGUAGAAAGCAGACCUGCUAUUGGUUGUU